GUAUUAUUUAAAUAUCAAAGCACUUUUUGUUGUCCAACUUUUAUUUUAAAAAGACAUCUUCCUAUUUCUGUCUUGCAAGAAGGUUUGAAGAGAAGAUUUUUACUGCAGCAACAAGCCAGGACUUGUUAUGCAGCCUCAAGUUCACAAUCAAGGGCAGCAGCAUCCUAUUCCGCCGGCUAAUCAGCUCCAGUCACGCCAAAUGCAAGGAAAUCAGCAUGUUGUUUCCAAACAACAACAACAGCCACAGCAGAACCUUCUACAAUCAAAUCAGUUGCAGUCUUCUGCUAUGCAGCAGCACAAUCAGCAAUCAAAUAAUGUUCAACAGUCAACACAGUCCAUGCAUCAACAACACCCGCAAGUUAUCAGGCACAAACAGCAGCCAAAUACAUUGCAACGAGAUAUGUGGCGAAGGCUUCAGGCAUCAGGUUCUUUAACUCUACCACAAAGUGUUCUAGAUCAACAAAAGCAGUUAUGUCAGUCACAAAGACCCCUUCCAAAAAUUUCAUCAACUUCUCUGGAUUCAACAACACAGACUGGACAGCCAAACGGGGGUGAUUGGCAAGAAGAAGUGUAUCAAAAGAUCAAAACCAUGAAAGAAAAUUACUUGCCUGAUUUGAAUGAGUUGUACCAGAAAAUUGGUACUAAACUUCAGCAGCAUGAUUCCCUUGCCCAACAAUCAAAGUCAGAUAAGCUUGAAAAGUAUAAGUUAUUUAAAAUGAUGUUGGAGCGCAUGAUAUCAUUCCUCCAGGUUUCCAAGAGCAACAUUGCACCUAGUUUUAAGGAAAAACUAGGUUCAUACGAGAAGCAGAUUAUAAAUUUCAUAAAUAUAAAUAGACCUAGGAAAGGCAUGUCUUCACUGCAGAAUCCAGGACAUCUCCCCCCACAGCAUAUGCAUUCCAUGUCACAGUCACAUCCCCAAGUUACUCAAGUUCAGCCUCUUGAAAAUCAAAUAAACUCUCAGAUGCAAACAACAAAUAUGCAAGGUUCUGUUGCUCCUGUUGUUGUUUUAGUUUCAUCAAUAUCACAUGGUGCAAAUAUUGGACAUCAACAAACAGGGUGUGCAGCCGUAGCUGCUCAAUCCCUUGCCAUUGGAACUUCUGGAAUAUCUGCCCCUCCUGAAUCGGCAGAGUUCACUGGUCCAGAUGGUGUUCAUGGCAAUUCUUUUCCACCCACUUUGGGAAAGUCAACUGUUUCUGAGCAGCCUCUUGAUCGCCUAAUUAAAGCGGUGAAAUCAUUGACACCUAAUGCAUUAAGUACUGCUGUCAGUGAUAUUGGUUCAGUUGUCAGCAUGAAUGAUAGGAUAGUAGGAUCAGCUCCUGGUAAUGGAACCAAAGCUGCUGCUGGUGAAGAUUUGGUUGCCAUGACUAAUUGUCGCCUUCAGGCUAGGAAUUUCAUCAACCAAGAUGGUGCCAAUGGAACCAGGAGGAUGAAACGCUGCACCCACGCUACACCCUUGAAUGAUGUAUCAUAUGCUGUUUGCCUGAACAAUAGUAUCAAGCAGUUAGAAGCUUCUGAUUUGGAUUCAACUGCAACAUGUAUCAAGAAGCCUAGGAUUCAGACUAAUCAUGCCCUUUUGGAAGAAAUUAGGGAGGUUAAUCAGCGACUUAUCGACACAGUAGUUGACAUAAGUGAUGAAGAAAUUGAUCCAACUGCAGCUGCUGCAUGCUUGUCCCUACAAGUCAUCCUACCAGUUCCCCCAUAUUCCUAGACAAGUUUCCAGUUGAAUCCAGGGGGUUGAUCAAUAAAUACCUGUUCUUCCAAGUCACCAUGGAGAAAUGCGGAUUUUACAUCUAGUUGAUAAAUGGGCCAUGAAUAUUGAGCUGCUAAAGCAAUAACCAACCUGAUUGUAUCAACAGCUGAGUCCUCAAAGCCAGUAUACAAGCCAGAUGUCAAAUGCUAUCGAUGUCAGAGGUAUGGGCACUAUCAGAAUCAAUGCAGAACCCACUUGUCAAAUGAGCAUGGAGAAAAAUCCAAUUUUUCCCAGACACAGGAGGAGGAGAUAUCUUUAUUGAUGGUUUGUCACACCAAGGAAGAAGCCAACAAUCAAUUAUGGUACCUUGACACAGGUUGCAGCAACCAUAUGAGCGGUGACAAAACAAUCUUCUCUUCUCUAGAUGAGUCAUAUAGAGAUCAGGUGAAGUUUGGCAACAAUACCAAAGUUUCAGUUAUGGGAAAAGGACAAGUGUGCCAACCAGAGGAAACGGUGCUCACACAAUCUCACAUGUUCUUUUUGUUCCAGACUUAAAGACCAAUUUGUUAAGCCUUGGUCAGCUACACGAAAAGGGAUAUGAUAUUACAAUCAAAGGUGGUGUGUGCCGCAUUGAAGAUGUCAAACUAGGUCUGAUUGCACAGGCUAAAAUGACAAAAAACAGAAUGUUUCCACUGUAUUUAAAUGCUGCUUCAGAGACUUGUCUGUCAACAAGGCUUAAAGAUGAUGCUUGGCUAUGGCACUUUCGAUAUGGUCAUUUAAAUUUCGGUGGCUUGAAGACACUCCAACAAAAAGAAAUGGUGGUUGGUCUUCCAAAGUUCUCAAAUCCAAUGGAAGUUUGUGAGGAAUGUGUUAUUGCAAAACAACACAGAGAACCUUUCUCAAAAGGACAAACACAAAGAGCAAGAAAGCCAUUGGAAAUUCUACACUCAGACUUAUGCGGGCCAAUCAAUCCAGUUUCAAAUGGAGGUAAACGCUAUAUCAUCACCUUCAUUGAUGAUUGAUGAUUUGACUAGAAAAACAUGGGCUUAUUUUUUGGAAAAAAAAUCAGAAGCCUUUGUUACUUUCAAAAGCUUUAAAGCAAUGGCCGAGAAAGAAGUUGGAUAUCCAAUUAAAGUUCUGCGCACAGAUCGCGGAGGAGAGUAUACCUCGCAUGAAUUUUGUAAUAUCCAUGGCAUCAAACGACAGUAGACAGCAGCCUAUACGCCACAACAAAAUGGCGUGAGCGAAAGAAAGAACCAUACAAUUCUGAAUAUGGUGAGAAGUCUAUUGACAAUGAGUGGUCUACCAAAGAGUUUUUUGCCUGAAGCAGUCAUGUGGAGCCUUCACAUUCUGAACAGAAGUCCAACUCUAGUAGUCCAAAAUAUGAUGCCAGAAGAAGCAUGGAGUGGUCGCCAACCAGCAGUUGAUCAUUUCAGAAUUUCUAGAUGCUUGGCAUAUGCACAUGUUCCAGAUCAGAAGAGAAAGAAGUUAGAUGACAAAGGUGUUAAAUGCAUCUUUCUUGGUGUGAGUGAUCAUUCUAAAGCUUAUAAAUUGUACAACCCUCACACUAAGAAAAUUAUUAUUAGUCGUGAUGUAGUCUUCGAUGAAGAAGCAACCUGGUCAUGGAAAGAACAAGGGGAUAAACAAUGUAUUCCAGCAGAUUUUGACGACAAUGAAGAAAAGAAAAUAGAGAAUGUGCAAGAGUUAGAAAGCACUCAAAAUGUUCCUGUAGAUGAUCAAAUCCCACUUGUAGCUGAAUCUCAAAGGCCUCAACGUGAGAGGAGAAGACCCGCAUGGAUGUCUGACUAUGAGGUUGCUGGAGUUGACCAAGGUGAGCAUCCACUUACACAUUUUGCUUUGUUUUCAGAUUGUGAUCCUGUAGCUUUUGAAGAUGCUGUCAAAGAGCCUAAAUGGCAAAAAGCUAUGGAUGCUGAAAUUGAAUCUAUUGAAAGAAAUAAUACUUGGGAGCUUACAGAACUUCCAAGAGGACAAAAAAUCAUUGGUGUAAAGUGGAUUUUCAAAACAAAUAGUCAACACUAGCUUUGUUUU